UAAUAUCUCGGAAAUGAGCCCAGCCUCGCAUAACUCUGACGCACCCCUGCUCCCAGGUUCGUCCCUGGCUGUCAAGCCUCUCGGCCCACUCCCAGUCUUAGACAAGAAGCGACCCACUCUCUCUCUCUCUCUCUCUCUCUCUGUCUGUGGCAGCACUGAAGUCUCUCUCUAGAUGUCCAAAGUAGCAAGUUUGAUGUCUUUGUUAUUUAGGCGUUGCCCUUUCCUACAAUAACAUCAUAGCACAUGGCACUAGCAGUCUCUGUUGUUCAAUCGUGUGGCACGUGUUUUGGUGAGAAAUGCUUGAGAAGUGUGAUAACAUUUGAAGCAGAGAAAGGAUAUAUGAAUGUUCUCUGUAAUAAAAUGAGGUUUAAAAAUUUUCUGUUCUCUAGGGUUUCAAAAUUAUGCUCUCAAUCAAAGCAUAAGAUUGCAGAAAGGCUGUUGGAGGAAGUGGAAAGGUAUGAAGCGGCAAGUGUCACAGACCGUUCAAAGUUGCUUAAUAAGGUAUCUGUCUUAAUGGGUUACAAUAGUCUACAUGAUUUAAUUCAGAGCGAAAGAGCUCAAAAGGAUUCUGGUAUGAAUGUUAAAGAUACAAUGGUUGAUUUUGAUGUCUCCUUGGCGUGUAAACGAUUUCCAUCCAUCAUAUUGGGUUGUUCUCCCGCGGUGGAACUGUAUGAUGAGACCUCAUGUUGGUUUGGAGAGAACAGCCUUUUAACAUCUGAAAUUUGUAAAGGAUUUCUCUCUAGUUCUGUGGGUGCAAAGUGGCUCAUUCCAGAUAAUCUACGUGAAGCAUGGCCUCCUCUUUAUCCCGGCCUUCCAAAUGCGAACUCUAACUUAUUUAGCGAAGAAAGUUCUUACGCUUCACCUUUAUCUUCUGAGUCCCUGAAUUUGGAGUCUGAAACAAAUUCAGUUCUAUAUGUCACUACGGAGGAAUCUUCCACUAGAGAUGGGUUUGAGAGUAAACAAAAUGCUGCAUCAGUUGAGUUGAUUCUCGACAAAUCUAUCAGUUGCAUACCUGGAUUCAGUAAGAGGCAGUUUCGUCUGCUGGAAAACUGUGGCUUUCACACGUUGCGGAAAUUGCUGCACCAUUUUCCUCGGACCUAUGCUGAUCUACAGAAUGCGCAGAUUGGAAUUGACGAUGGACAGUACUUGAUUUUUAUUGGGAGAAUCUUAACUUCCAAGGCAAUUAGAACCAGCUAUUCUUUCUCAUUUCUAGAGGUUGUGAUUGAAUGCGAGGUGGGAGGUGGUGAAUCAACUUCUGCACAUGUUAUUGAUGAAACUGAUAGAAGCAAGCAGACUAUACACUUACAUUUAAAGAAAUUUUUCCGUGGCACUCGUUUCACUUUUCAACCUUUUCUCAAAAGUAUUCAGGGAAAGCAUAAAGAGGGGGAUAUUGUAUGUGUUAGUGGUAAGGUGAGGAUUAUGCGUACGAAAGGCCACUAUGAAAUGAGGGAAUAUAAUUUGGAUGUACUUGAAGAUGAACAGGAUUCAUCAGCUCAUGCAGAGGGGAGACCAUACCCUAUAUACCCUUCUAAAGGAGGCCUUAAGCCAAACUUUCUUAGGGACAUUAUUUCAAGUGCUUUAAAAUCCUUGCCCGAUAAUGUGGAUCCUAUUCCUCAAGAUGUCACUCGGGAUUUUGGACUUGUAUCCCUACAUGAUGCAUAUUUGGGUAUCCACCAGCCGAAGAAUUUGGAUGAGGCUGAUUUAGCUCGCAAAAGGCUUAUAUUUGAUGAGUUUUUUUAUCUUCAGUUGGGCCGUUUGUUUCAAAUGCUUGAAGGUCUUGGUACACAGAUAGAGAAAGAUGUAUUGUUGGAUAAGUAUAGGAAGCCUGUAUUGAAUUCUGUAUUUAUGGAGGAAUGGUCUAGUCUUACAAAGAAUUUUUUGAAGGCUCUUCCUUACUCUCUUACUUCAAGUCAGUUAACUGCUGUUUCAGAGAUUAUUUGGGAUCUCAAGCGGCCAGUUCCCAUGAAUCGACUUUUGCAGGGAGAUGUUGGUUGUGGGAAGACUGUGGUAGCUUUUUUGGCAUGUAUGGAGGUUAUUGGUGCAGGUUAUCAGGCAGCUUUCAUGGUUCCAACUGAGUUGCUUGCUGUCCAGCACUAUGAGCACUUUCUUAAUUUGCUAGAGAAUAUGGAGCAUGUUGAUUGUAAACCUUCUGUCGCUUUGCUAACGGGCUCAACCCCAUCGAAACAAUCACGGCUCGUUCGUGAGGGUCUCCAGAGUGGAGAUAUCUCAUUGGUCAUUGGUACCCACAGUCUAAUAGCAGAAAAGGUGGAAUUCUCAGCUUUACGCAUUGCAGUGGUAGACGAGCAACAUCGUUUUGGUGUGAUCCAGAGAGGAAGGUUUAACAGCAAGUUAUAUUAUACCUCAAUAAGUUCAAGAAUGGCUGUGACUAGUUCAUCAAAUGGCUCCUUGAAAGGUGAUGUCUAUAUGGCCCCUCAUGUUCUUGCUAUGUCAGCCACUCCAAUCCCAAGGACACUUGCUCUGGCUUUGUAUGGGGACAUGUCCCUGACACAAAUAACUGAUUUACCACCUGGGCGACUACCAGUUGAAACUUGCAUCAUUGAAGGAAAUGACAGUGGCUUUGAGAAGGUCUACCAAAUGAUGACAGAUGAGCUGGAAGCAGGAGGAAAAAUAUAUCUAGUGUAUCCAGUCAUUGAGCAAUCUGAGCAACUGCCUCAGCUUCGUGCUGCUUCAGCUGAUCUUGAAACUAUAUCUAAGAGGUUUGAAGCUUACAGCUGUGGGUUACUACAUGGAAAAAUGAGGAGCGAUGAGAAAGAUGAUGCAUUAAGACGAUUUAGAUCAGGAGAAAUAUGUGUACUGCUCUCUACUCAAGUAAUUGAGAUUGGCGUUGAUGUUCCGGAUGCAUCCAUGAUGGUUGUUAUGAAUGCUGAGAGAUUCGGAAUAGCUCAGUUACACCAACUUAGAGGACGAGUUGGGCGCGGAGUAAGGAAGUCUAAGUGUGUUUUGUUAGCAUCCAUGGCCAGUAGCAUAAACCGGUUGAAGGUGCUGGAGAAAUCAUCUGAUGGUUUUUAUUUAGCAAACAUGGAUCUUCUUCUACGUGGACCUGGUGACUUGCUCGGUAAGAAGCAGUCGGGACACCUUCCAGAGUUUCCUAUUGCCAGAUUAGAGAUAGAUGGAAAUAUUCUACAAGAAGCACAUCAUGCUGCAUUGAGAAUUCUAGGUUCAUCUCAUGAUUUGGAGAAAUUCCCAGAACUCAAAGCAGAGCUUAGCAUGCGACAGCCACUGUGCCUGUUAGGUGACUGAGACGGUAUUUGUCAGGCCCCAUACUUUUGAACCUCAAAUGUCCGUCCAGUUCCUGUGGCUGUGAUUUCAUCUCAAAAUGUUUCCGGGAGCUCUGUAGUAUGUAACCUUUGAGCUUCAUUCUCCUCUCCGACUUGUACAGCUACUUUGGAAGAUAACAUUGUUGUAUUUAUUUUGUGAAAAAUCAAUUGAAUAAAAGGUGUACAAAAACUGUAAUGCACUGUAAAUCGAAAAACAUGUGGACUGACAUAUGUUCAUCUAGUGGUCAAACAAAAGAUGGCCAAAACUGAGGAUAAUUUUACUUGUUUUUCCUCAUUUUCUUUUUCUACGUUUUCCCUUUCUUUGUUCUUGUGCAAAUUCAGGAUCCAAACAAAAUAUAACAGUUUUGAAUGCAUUGUCUGUUUCAA